AUGGUCAACAUAACAAAGCGCAUGCACAUCUUGAAACCUCUUCUCUCCGUCCGCAACGGCCCCGGCGCAGCAAUCCUCCCCCAAUAUCAAACCCAAUCCGACAGCAGUACUCCGUCCUCGCGACCCUCCCAACCCACUCUCCUCCGCAUCCGCCUCGACUACCCACCCGGCAACGGCCCCGCCAGCAAGGGUGCGCGUGCUUUCUGGCGCAACCACCUCCGCCGCCUGAAAUACUACAACCCAGCCCUCCCCAUCACCGUGAACCAAAAUGCCGAGAAAGGAACGGAAGGCAAUCCCGGGCCGGCGUGGAGGCUGUUCUUGGACUUUGAGGGCGAGGAGAAGGCACUGAGGGAGCUGGCGACAGAACCGAAGAAUGAGCAUUUCAAGGAGGUGAUGGAGGAGGAGCUGAUACCACGACCGAGGAGUACGCUAGAACAGGAAGAGGAGGUGGUGGAGGAUAACACAACGCAGUCCAAGCCAAAACCACGCCCAAAAUCCCAACCGAAGACCAGUGUCACCACACCAUCACCACCCCCGCCGCCGCCAUCAUCAUCCCCAGACCAACCCCCUCCUCCAUCACCCCUCCCCUCCGUAUCCACAUCAGAAAAUGCCCCUCCUCUAAUAUCCACCCGCACCAUCUCCCUGCCAACCCUCAACCGCCCGGCCGGAGCGCUCUGGUUCUGGUUCCAACAACGCACCAAAUGCGUCGACGUCCCCGAAUCAGACGCCGACAAGCGGCUCGCGCGGGAAUUGGCCAAGCACGCGGUGAAGGCGGAGGAGGACCGGAAGAGAGUCAAGAAGGGCAUCGAUGCGAUGAAGCGGCAGGAGUUGAUGCUCAAGAUGGCUAGGGGCGAGGUGGAGCGGAUGAGGGCUGACACGUAG